UUUGUGGACGAGAGGGAUGCUAGCACUUAGGAAGGCAAGGAGGAAACUCAGAAUGGGGACCAUCUGCUCCCCCAACCCCAGCGGGACAAAGACAGCAUUGGAAGUCUGCAAUGCCGACUGGAUGGCCUCGCUCCCCCCUCACCUCCACAACGUGCCCCUUUCCAAUCUGGCAAUCCCAGGCUCCCAUGAUUCAUUCAGCUACUGGGUAGAUGAAAAGUCCCCAGUAGGGCCUGACCAGACCCCAGCUGUCAAGCGUCUUGCCAGGAUCUCCUUAGUGAAGAAGCUCAUGAAGAAAUGGUCUGUGACUCAGAACUUGACUUUCCGAGAGCAGUUGGAAGCUGGAAUCCGCUACUUUGACUUGCGUGUGUCUUCUAAACCAGGGGAUGCUGAUCAGGAGAUUUACUUCAUCCACGGGCUUUUUGGGAUCAAGGUCAGGGAUGGGCUGAUGGAGAUCGACUCAUUCCUUACACAGCACCCCCAAGAGGUCAUCUUCCUGGAUUUCAACCACUUCUAUGCCAUGGAUGAAGCCCAUCACAAAUGCCUGAUUCUCCGGAUCCAGGAGGCAUUUGGAAACAAACUGUGCCCAGCCUGCAGUGUGGAAAGUCUGACCCUACAAACCCUGUGGGAGAAAAAGUACCAGGUUCUUAUUUUCUACCACUGUCCCUUCUAUAAGCAAUAUUCCUUCCUCUGGCCUGGAAAGAAAAUUCCAGCACCCUGGGCAAAUACCACAAGCGUGCGCAAACUGAUCCUCUUCCUGGAGACCACGCUGAGUGAGCGAGCCCCGAGAGGCUCCUUCCACGUGUCCCAGGCCAUCCUCACCCCCCGAGUGAAGACCAUUGCCAGAGGCCUGGUUGGUGGCCUGAAGAACACUCUGGUUCACAGAAACCUUCCUGCAAUUCUGGACUGGGUGAAAAGUCAGAAGCCUGGAGCCAUGGGUGUCAACAUCAUCACCUCUGACUUCGUGGACCUGGUGGACUUUGCCACAACUGUUAUUGAGUUGAAUGACCUUCUGCAAGAGAACAGAUCAUUGGCUAAAUGCUGAUUUAGUUUUUUGUUUAACUUAACAUUGAAAUUGUUGAUUCAGGGUAGAGUGCUGAAGGGUUUCCUGUUAGGAUGGCCCCUCGUCACUAAUGGGAAAGUGAGUAAGGAGGAUAAGGGCUUUUUUCUUUUCCUUCCUCACAGGGCCAUUUGGAUAAAACAGGGCAUUUAAUUGCAUUUUGCCCAAAUGAGGGCUUAAAAAAAAAAAACAAGUCCAAGGGGAGAAGACAUGAUUUGUGUAAUCAAAGUUAGAAUCUUCCCAGUGGCUUAGGCUGGUAAAUGGAAUAUGAAAGUAGGCUCUCCCAGAUGCACUGGAGGGCAGAGCUUCCUUUGAUUGGCCUGGUUCCUUCCUGUCUUCCAGGGUCUUGUGUCUGAGCCAUGGCAGUACUGAACUAGGGAAGGCAUUUUUGGUCAAAAGAAUGGCUUAUUGCAGUUGUGGUCUGCCGUGCCUUGUUCCUCUGACUAAGCCUGGCAAUGUGAGGGGAAGGCCCAGCACCAGUUCUCUCUAGGACGAUUGGAUGUCACUACAUCUUGCCUGAGACUUGACUCUCAAGUGAGGCUUUUUUUUUUUAUCAGCAAGAUGUUUCAGCCACAAGCUGUUUGUGCACGGCUUGUGCAGGUAACUGAUCACCUUAAUUCUUCAGAUAGACAGUAAUCACUGCCCUUGGUAUCAGAAUAUGUUUCUCAUUUUUAAAACGUGGAUCCAUGUCUGUUUCUUUUGGCCUCUUCCUAAAAGUGAAAAGAGCAGUGAUGGCUGAUCAUUGCACUGUGGGGCCCAACAAAAGAGAGACGUGUGUGUCACUUGCAUGCCAGAUUUCUUUGAUUUGAUUCUGCAGCUUUUCCCAAAAUGACUGCCAGGUAAGCACUUGCAUCGUUUGGCCAAGACCUCUUUAGAGUAGGAUCUUCAUCCACAUCUUGGAAUUGCAGGCACCUUGUCCAUGACACCAUGGAAGCUGUCACAGGAUAUUUGGGAAAGUGCAAUGGCAUUAAAGGAGGAGGCUCCAAGUGGUUCUGGAGCCAUUCUGUGACUCCUUGAAAACAAGACUACCUCGGGGCAUUUAGGAUGACUCGUGUGUCAUCAAAUGAGAAAUACGCAGUGUUGGAACAUUUCCAGUUCUUGUCUUGAUUGUUCUGCUUUCUGCAGGUUGUUCUGAGCCUACUUGUCACUACUGCAUGAGAGUGUUGAAGCUCAAGGGAGACUUUCUUUUUUAUUGAGAAGAGGUACUUGUCUAUAAGGAACCCUCUUGUGUUUUGGUUAUUUAUUUAUGUCUAGAGUUAGUAUUUUCAGUGCUUCUUAUUUCAGGAGCAUUCACAGAGAAGCUUAUUGACGUUUUCUUGCCCAGGAAAGAUUCCGCUGUGGUCUUGCUCCCCUCAGCAGGACCACACAUCCCAGCCUGUGGAUGACCUUGGACUCUGCUCUAAAUGUCCUUGCUCCCUCAGCCUGCUGAGAAUUCUGUUUGGAUGUAGUCCACAUUAAGAAGCCAUUGCCAAGCCAUGCCUUGGGAUAGAAGAUGAAAUGGCCUGGAGAACUCUAUAGUUCUUUUAGUAGACUCUCCAGAAUUCUGGAAAGAAGCAAGCUGAAAAUAAACCUGGGCACAGGGAUGUGGACAGUUUAAUGCCCCUCCAUGCUUUCAGAGAAUCUGUAAGGAAGUAUCAGCUUUUGGGUUCCUAAGGAGAAAAUAAAACCUGGAAUCCAGAAUGGAUGUGUGCGUUUAUAGAGACCACUGGACCCUUCUCCCAGCAAUUUCUUCUUCCCAUCCUUUGAUUGUAUAGUCAGUUGUAUAGCAUGUUGUCUCCAGUGGGGAGUGUCAUAAGUGAGCUACUAAAAGCACAUGCACAACCCCCAGCUGUUGGUCUUGCAGCCUUUACUUUCUGUAAAGUAAUUUAAGCCCCGACUUCCAUAGCUCGAGAAGGUCACACACAGAUACCUCUGGGAGAAUCUGGGUCCACUUCCCCUGUUCUUGCAUUUGAACUCCCCAGUCAGGUUUCUGUAACAGUGAUGUCAAAUUCUAUAGGACACUCUCAGAAUAAUAAUAAUAAAAAAGGAGUGUCCUUACUUUCUCCAUUGUCCUUCAACUCUGUUAUUAAACCUUAGUGAUAAGCUCUGACAUCCCUGGCUUUUCCUGUGGUUUUAUUUUUGUUCUUACUUUUCAUUUUGUUUUUAAAUUCUUAGUCAAUUCCCAGGGACUCCAUCAGUUCCCCACUUUCAACCCUUUGGUACUUGGCAAAGAGAUAGGGAGGCAAGAGAAUUAUAUUUCUCUGUUUUAUUUGAGCCUCGGCUUUGUCUAGAUACUUGGUGCUAUGAGGCCAGAUGUGUUGACAGGUAUCUGCGCAGGAUACCAAUGACACCCAAUGGCUGCUAACUGUUCAGUGAAAUGUUUACUUGACUUUCCUUCCUUAGUUUUUAAAUAUGUAGUUGCACUUCACUUGGAUUGUGACAUUUAAGCGCAGCUCAGUGUCGGCAUCCUAAGAGAAAAGUCACCCAGAGUGACACCAGGACACAGAAUACUUCCAGGUUGCAAGUGUGGAGCCCCACUCGGCGUGGUAAGUGGGUUACCCACCUCCUCAUGCUGCUUUGAGUGGUCAGCAGUGCUUGGAUUUGAAGUCUGCACCAGAGUCCUGGGAAGUAGGAGGAGGAUUGUUUACAAUUUUCUCCUAAAUAAACACUUGAAUCUCUGUUCCAAGAAAAAGGCUUCCCAUAUUGUACAGAAUGUGUGCUUUCUGCUCUUUAACUUUGAGUCCACGAAGGAGAGCUGAAGACUAUGGCUCAGAGAGGAAACAGGCCUUAACUUAAAGAGUCACUCUGUGACAUCCAACAGUAAGAAUGAUGACACUACCACAUCUCACAAGUUCUCACAAGUUCUAGGAAUUUUUCUGGUCAAAACAAUGUUCUCACACUUGUUCAGAAUUAACUUCAAGAUCAGCAAAAAGCCAUGUGACAGAGCCACCAAGGAAUUAGUUGUGCAGAAUCUGCAGUUAUAUAUAUUCAGAAAUACAGCUGAGUUUUUGUGAGCUCAUGGACCACUCCGACUUGGCCACAUCUCUGUGAUUUUUGUGGCAAAGGGACCCUAACGGGUGUCGAUGAUGUUAGAGCAGUAUUUCAGAGUUUUGAUUCUGAUCCUGUUAGACGUACCAUGUAGUGUCAUGGGUAGAGAAGAUCUUAUUUGAACUCGAAGCAGGGGUCGAGAUGGACCUGAUGGAAGGUUAUUGUGGUAUUUUAUAUUAAUGGCACAUUUAAGAGGACAGUGCAAAAAAAUGUGUUUCCUGCAUUCAAUUUGAUAGUAAUUGUUAUUUUCCUUCGUGUUGAGUUCAGGCAACUGAGUUUUGAAUAGCCGCAGCUGAAAUCCAGGAUUUUAUAUAAAUCCAAAGAAAAGCACAAGGUGUAUGUCUAAGUAAUGAUGAAUUUUUGUUCGUUUGUUUGUUUGUCUUUUUGAGACCGGGUCUCCUUAAGCAGUUCAGGCUAGUCUAGAGCUCACUUUGUAGGUCAGGCUGGUCUUGAACUGCUCCUGCCUCAGCCCCCUGAGUGCUGGGAUUACAACAGUGCGCCACCAUGCCCUGCGGGUAAUGAUGAAUCUUAUAAAUCUUUGUUCUUUUUUCAGAAUUUCAUAUUCACAUAAAAAUUAUGUUUCCCUUAAGACAAUAUACUGUAUCAUUGUGAAAUGAAGCUUUUCUGGUGUGUCAGGACUUCCGUCUCUGGUUUUCUUAAUCUUAAUCAUUAUAAAGUGCUCCCAAAUAGACAUGAUUCUGUCCCAGCAAGAAUGCAUAGGGUAAAGCUGGUGGUGGAAACAGAAGAAAUUCAGGCUGAAAUGGAGUAUUUCUUUUUUCCUGGGAAGCAAAAGGGCUAUACAAAACCAGGCCAUCACAGACCAAGUUUGUGCCACGGUCGAAGCUUUGUGAUGCUAUUCUCUGUGGACAAGUGAGUGGGAUGAGACUCCCCUUCCUAAGCUGAGCAAGUGGUCCUGUGCUAAGUCAUCCCCAGCUUUUUCCUUUUUCAUAAAGGUACUGCUCCUUUAGUGCCAAGUCCUUUGCUAACUCCAGUCAACUUGCACCCCAAAAUACAAUGACGUUUAGAUUGAAUGUUUCACAGUCACAGAAUGUACAGUUCUGAUUCUUCCUUCUGGGCAUGUAUGUGGAGAAUGCGGUUUGGGCUCAUUUCCCAAGAGUGUGAUGUAGGUUCCCAGAACUUGACUAGGCAUGGUAUCUCAUCUGGGCUGUACAAUGAAAUAUUCAGGGCUCAAAGAAAUCUAUCAACAUGUUUGGAGGUCCCUGAAACAUCUGCUUUCCCAGUACAUGCCAAAUAGUUUUGUUGUGGUAAUGGGAAACAAAUGUAAAUUGAUACCAUCAAAUAUGCAAAUAGAUAGAAAGUUCUGGGGUGUGGUAGAGAAGACCAAGGUAGUGGUUCUAAAUUCCACUGACUUUCUAGUAUGUCUUGGCCUUCUGCCUCACGCUGUUCCCUGGCAUUUGCCCCUAGAGUUUUGUUGCUCACAAAUGUUUCCUCAACCAUGCAGGACUGGCUGGAUGAAAUAACAGGUGGUUUGCCGAGAAACUUUACCCUCAAUUCUAGAUGAUUCUGGAUAGCUCUUUACUGCCCCAAGAGAACCACUUUCUUCUUAGCCUUAGAUUCCACAAACUUCUUACCAGAAACUGUGACCUGGGCAUAUACACUACAAAAUAUUACUGAUUUUAUUAAAAUACCACAGUCUUAUACACUGCAAAAAAUGUUCUAAUACUAUCCUGCUUUAAGAAUAUAGCAUUUUAGCAUCUCUGUAGUAUUUUAACAUCUUCUCCAACAAAACUGUUUUUUCAAUUUUAUUUAUUUAUUUAUUUGCUUGCUUAUUUGUUUGUUUAUUUAUUUAUUUAUUUAUUUAUUUACUUAUUUAUUUAUUUUGUGGUGCUGGGAAUCAAACCCAGGACCUUGUACAUGCAAGGCAAGAGCUCUAUCACUGAGCCACAUCCUCAGCCCUCAAAUUCAUUUCUAAUGUAAAUAAGAUGUUUCCUUUCUCUUUUCUGGGAAUCAAUCCCAGAGCCCUUUGAGGCACCCUGUCAAUGUUCUAGAGACAUCUUCCGUGUCGUUCCCUCCUGUCUUUUCAGAGGGUACCACUUUCUUCUGUCUUCUAGCCAUCCUCCACCUGCUAGUUACUGUUGAGCACAGCGUGCUGGCAGAAGUCGGGUGCACUCAGUGAUCUCCCACGCGCCCUGUUGCUGCCUGGUCUUCUCAGAUGCAUUGUUCUGCUCCUCACUCUCACUCUGUCAUUAGAACUGUACUUGAUUGGAACCCGGAACUUGGGAUCAAUACUUAGAUCAAAUAGCACAGGCUCACUCACAAAUUUCAGCCCAGUACGAAGCACAGCACUUUGGAGGAUCAAAUAAAAGCCUUCAGUAGCUCUGUAUAUUUGCAGCUUUACAUUUGUUAUUAGUUCAUAGCACUAAUAACGCUUCAGUUAAGAAUCUACAGUAUUAAUAUGCUAUAUUGUAGAACAUAGUCAAAAAUAAUACUAUUGCUGCUAUUAUACUAAUUUAUACCACAUUAUUAAAUAUUAAAUACAGAUUGUGUAUGCAUUAUUUGUAUUAUGUAUAUGCCAACUGUAACACUUAACUUCACUGAUCAGUAAUUUUAAAAAUAUAGAAAUUGUCUUAGUCAAAAUAAGUCUUAGUCAAAGCAGAUAAUUUAUAUAUCUGAUAAAUGCUCUAACAGAUAUUACAUUUUGUCUGCUUUUACUCAUUUUAUACUAGAGUGCAUGUUUACUAAUUUAAAAUAAUUGUAUCAAUUUUAAAGUUAGGAUAACAAUUUUGCAUAUAUGCUACUUAAUACUCUUAAAAUGUAUUUUGUGGCUUAUCUACACACAUUUCACUUGGCUUUUUUCCCUCUAGGAUAUAAGUAUUCAAAUAUAUCUCUUCUUUCUUGUAACCUCAGUUAAAUUGCUUUGUUCAAUCUAGCAUAUUGUAAAGCCAAAUACCUCAUUUUAACUGUGAAAAUAUGUAAAUGUGUAUCAUGACAUGAUGUGUUUUCUUGUAUUUGAUUUGAACUACAUAAAUGGACUUCAACCUAAUAAUAAACAUAAAACUUUGACCCACA